CAGAGAGAGUGUGAGCAGGGAGUGAAAGAGAGAGAAAGAGAGAGAAGCGAUUUGAGAGAGAGAGAGAGAGAGAGAGAGAGAGAGAGUUGGUUUAUUUCAGUUACUAUAUGAAGGUGGAGAAACCAUGGUGUCGGACCAAGAAAUAGCGAAAGGUGUGGAGUCGGUGCUGCGUCAGUCAGACCCAAACGCCGUGAACUCGUUAAACGGCGUCGUUCAGCAAGUGGAAGCGAAGCUAGGUCUAGACCUUUCUCACAAGGCUGGCUUCAUCCGAGACCAGAUCAACUUCCUCCUCCGCUCUCACCCACAACAACCUCAACCUCAACCUCAACCACCACAACAACAACAACCACCUCAACAACAACAACAACAACCUCCAAGAGACCAUUUUGCCCUCCACAACCACCCUCAAUUCCAAGCCACCCACCACCACCAACACCAACAACACCAACAACAACUCCAACAACAACAACACCACCAACAACACCACCAACAGCAACAACAACAAUUUACUUCCCAUUUUGCCCUCCAAGCCGCUCACCCUCACGUCCGCCCACACCACCAGCCUCUGCUUCCGCCUCAGCCUCAGCCUCCGGCGCAGCUUAUAAAGCCCGAGGCUUUCGCUCAAAAUGCCACUCCUCACACACCCAAAGAAAGUGCACCUGUGGGAGCCAAAAGGAGAGGUGGGCCGGGGGGUUUAAACAAAGUAUGUGGCGUCUCACCCGAACUUCAGGCAAUUGUUGGUGAGCCAGCAUUGCCAAGGACUGAGAUUGUGAAGCAGCUGUGGGCAUACAUCAGGAAAAACAACCUCCAAGAUCCAAGUAACAAGAGGAAGAUUAUCUGUGAUGAUGCCCUGCGUGUGGUCUUUGAGACUGACUGUACUGACAUGUUCAAGAUGAAUAAGUUGCUAGCCAAACAUAUUAUUGCACUUGAACCUACGAAGGAAUCGAGUCAAGCUAAACGAUUGAAGGUAGAUGUUGAGUCUACAACUGAAAGUGUUCAACGUGGAUCAUCUCCUGUCGUAAUAUCUGAAGCCCUUGCCAAAUUCUUGGGCACUGGGGGAAGGGAGAUGCCCCAAUCUGAGGCUAUAACACGUGUUUGGGAGUACAUUAAGGUUAACCGUUUGGAGGAUCCUUUAAAUUCAAUGGUGAUAUUAUGUGAUGCAAAGCUUCGUGAUCUUCUUGGAUGUGAAAGUAUUUCUGCACUAGGGAUACCAGAGAUGAUAACACGCCAUCAUUUGUUCAAUCAGUCAUGAUGCCUGGUGCAUGAGACCUUGGCAUCUGGUCUUCUCUGAUGGUAGAACAGAUAGUGAAGAAUUGUUUUCUUUUUCUCGUCUUUUGGGUGCAUUGACAUGGUUAGAUGACAUGUUUUAUAUUAAUUUGCUAUUUAUUAUGACAAUGAAUAUGUAACCAUGGGCCAAGGGCAAGGAGUGUCUUGUAGUUAUUGCCGUUGCCCUGGAUUUAGUUUUUCUUUCUCAUUUUGUGGCCUUUCCUUUUCAUCCAAUGCUAACCUCUGAACUGACUGAAAGAAACUGGUUAGAAUGGUAAAUCCUCUGUACAUCCUUGAGGAUAAUUAUGUGUAUCUUGUUAGAUGGCGGCAAUUCUUGUUGCAUUUAACUAGUUUUAUCUUGUUGAGUCA